AUGUCACCGCGUGGCCGAACUAGUCUUGAACCUACCUUUCUUCUUCACGCCAGUCACGAAAAAAAGAGAUGCCCAUCUCACCCACCGACCUCACACUCUGCAAUAUCCAGACACAAUGUUACCGAACGACGGUCUACUCCUCGUUCUCCGCUUGUCGACAAGGCAUUUGACCUCAAUGGAGAUGUCUCCAGCAAUCUUACCUACGGUCCUACUACUGUCUUAGGGAACAAGAUCAAUACCAGUCCUAGUCACAAGCUUCCAGAGAUAUCACCAUACCAUCUCCUUCCCCCUCUCCCUCCAUCUUCUUCUCUGGUAUCGACUCUGCUUGAUAUCAACUUCCAGUCUUUUGCUUUUUCGACUGGAUUUCCGACGUCACCCCCUCCCGUACAAUCAUCGCCACCCAUUUCACCGUCUCCGGGGAGCCGAAGAAUUAACACGCCUGCUACAGACAAUUCUCUUUUCCACAUGCCUGCCCUGAGUCAUCCCAACAGUCCCUAUGUUCCUUGGGAAUCUCCCGUUCGUCGCGAGAUCCUACGACCGUUAACACCCUCUUCCUUUGUAUCGCAUUACUCCCGUCCUCUUUCACGGAGCGGCGCCCGAGCGCCCGAGCCACCGGAAACUGAGGAGGGACCUUCGCUGCAACGCGCAACACGGAAAUUGCACAAAAUCUCCAAAAGCAUUCUAAAUUUACGACAGGCAGUGAGGAAUGUUGCUCAAGUCACCAAAAGGUUCAAAUUCGCCCCAAAACGAAGGUCCGUUGAUCAGCAGCCUGACCCACCGGACCUCCCUGAAACGCAUUGGCAGUCGGACCCACUGCUUAUUGCUCGGCAUCGACCUCGAUUGGCCCCACCUUCUCCUUCGUCUGCGUCAUUUGACUCCACAAAUACCAAUUCGCUUGCUGCGUGGUUAACUGCACGACAGUGUGAAGCGAAAGAGUGGAAUCUGGACGCGCAGAGGGGUGUUGCAUUGGAAGAAUAUGAUCGAGCCGGUAGCUGGAUCAACCUACCUGCCAUGGGCGUAUCAGAUGAUUCGCCUCCAAGUCCGGUUUGCGGAACACUUGAGUCUGGUAUCUGGAGACGAUUGGAAUUCGACAUGUCUCCUCUCCUAUCAACAAGUCCAUCGCCACACAUUACUGCGCCCCGUGAGCUUCUACAGUCACUACCUAUUUUCCCCCAAGACUAA